AGAUGAUGACGUGUCAGGCCAUUGCCUUCACUCCGUUCUUCACUUAAAACUCCGUAAAACGCAGAGCUUUAUCAGAUUCCUAAACCCAAAUCUUCGUUCAUACCCAACAUUCGACUUCUUCUUCUUCGCUAUUAAGAGAGAUGGUGUUCUUGUGCUGGGGUCGACCAUCUCCUCAAGAUCAGAAGGCUUGCAUUGACAAGUCUGGUGUCUUCAACUAUGAUGGUAAGUACAGAGGAGCAACUGCUAAGCCUGCAUCUUACCUUAGAGAAGACCCCGAACUCUCAAAAGAUGGCUUCUUACUCAAUCAUGAACGUGUUUUGGUUGGUUCGGGUCGUGAUACUUAUGAGAAGAGCAAGACAGCUCUUAAGACAUGGAGACAUUUCGGGUUAAAUUGGGCAUUUGUUGAUCCCAAGACUCCAGUACAAAGUGGGGCUAAGUUCUGUGUCUGUGUCAAGGAGUUUCUUCCAUGGGUCAUGAUGCCUCUUCAAGUGGUUUAUGUAAAUGAAAGUAAACGAGCAAAAAAGUCUGUGGCUUCAUUUGGUUUCGGCAGUGGAACCCUUCAAGGUCACCUACUAGCUGGGGAAGAGUGCUUUUCUGUUGAGCUGGAUGAAAAUAACCAAGUAUGGUAUGAAAUACGUUCCCUCUCAAAGCCAGCACACUUUCUGUCAUUUAUUGGAUACCCAUAUGUGCAACUUAGGCAAAAGUGUUUUGCUCAUCAAUCUGCCAAUGCAAUUAAGAAACAUUUGACUGCUUCAUGAUUGCAUUUAUAUUGCAAUAAUGUAUGUUUGAUGAAAAUGCUACCAUAAUCAUCUCUAUCGUGUUCUGCUUUGUUACUAAAAGCUGUGAUAUUCUGGUGUUCUGUGAUUGACUUCAUCACAACCCCAUCUUAUUAUCUGUCAAAUGCUACCAUGAAGGUAUGAAUCUCUAUCGCACUGCACUUUAUGUUCUUACUGAAGAACUAUGUUGUUCUUCGGUGUUUUCUGAUCGACUGGUUUGCCACCCCAUGUUUAUAACCCACAUGACAGUUUUUUCGCAAAUACUUUCUUCAUGACACUUAACUUCCUUCACAAACGUGUUGGUGAAGUAGCUGUUAACUAUCUGCCUUCCCUCAU